AAAGGAGCGCAAACCGGAGCUCAGGCUUCAGUCCAAUGGGAUUAAGUGCGCGCGCGGUGUGGAGUUUAUAACCAUCCCGAAGAGACGCCAUGUUUCCCCGCGGUCCUGCUCGGGACUCCCGGUUGUGCUGAACGACCUCAUGAUCUUCGCCUAGAUGACCUUUGUGAAGCUACGCUAUGGAAGACCGCGCCAAGAGCUGGUCUUCCCUGUAGAAUGGUAGCACACGGCGCCGUGGAAGACACGUCAGGCACUUCAGCGGAUCGCCGAGCCCCAGUCUCGCACCCCGAAAACCGCACACAUUUCCGCUUGUUCAGGAGCGAGGGCGACUUCAAGACCAUUGUCGAGACCACGUCCAUGCUGGAGGAGAGUGGCUUUUACUGGGGGCCCAUGACGGUCGAGGAGGCCCACCACAAACUCAAGAAGGAACCGGUGGGAACUUUCCUGAUCCGGGACAGUCAACAGAAGGACGUUUUCUUUACGCUGAGCUACAGGGCGCCUUCGGGUCCCGUCAGCGUUCGGAUACAAUUCCAGAACUCACGCUUCAGUCUGGGGAGCAAGGAGUCGUUCGAAACGCUCUUCCAGCUGCUGGAACACUACUCCAGCUCGGCGAAGAGGAGCCUGUUGCGGCCGUACAGGAAGCAGCGCACACGCUCACUGCAGGAACUCUGCCGCAAACGGAUUAUGGAAACGUCCGGAGCGCAGGCUAUCGAUCAACUUCCAGUCAAUCCUGUCGUCAAAGACUUCCUCCGCUCUUUUCCAUAUCGACUCUGAAGGCUCGGACGCAUUAAUGCACCGCUACGGAAAUAUGCUUGCCAUACUUGACGGAUCCAAACGGGCACUUUGUAGCACACUUUGGAAAGACUUGAACACUUGAAAGUUUACGUCAUCCUUGAAUGUUUACACUAUAAUGCAGGGAGUUUCAGUGCUUCCUGUGAUUCUGUUUUUGCUAUGCAAAAAUCUAUAUUUCUUUACCAGUAUUUUUAUACUAAUAAUAAAUGUAUUUUUAAACCAUUGAAAAA